AUGGGAAUAGUUCCCAAAAUGAUUUCUCUAUAUGUUCAUCUUCUUCUAGUUGUUGUAGUUGCUGGGUCCCAUUAUAGAGGUGGAGCUAUAUCCUAUACAAUUCGUGCUAUUCCUGACAAUAUAACAGGCGAUGGUCAACAAAUACCAGUACGUGUCAUGCAACGGCAUUCAUGGCGUCGUUCUUUGGUUUUUUGUAAUGACACAUCUCCAAGUUCAGGCAAUUUAAUUGGAAGUGGUACACUUGUCUCGAGUUCGAAUCAAAGCGUGUCAUCAGUGACAAUUCCUUCAAUUGAUACUAGCGUACGAUGUACAGAUUAUAAUGAAGAAUUUGAUUAUAGUAGUGGUGAAAAUUCAGCUGAUGUUCUUUUACCUAUCAACAGUCGAAUUGAAUAUUUAUAUCAAGGAUGUUGUUGGAUUACGCUCUUAUCACCCGAUUCGGAAUCAGAUUGGUCAUUAAAACUUAUCGUUAACACAUAUCGACGCCCAGAUGGAAGAUUAAAUAGUUCUCCUAAAACAACCAUGAAUCCAAUUGUUCAAGUUGAAGUCGGUAAGAUAGGUAUUAUUCGUAUUCCAAUGGCUGAUAGUGAUGGUGAUCCAGUACGAUGUCGAUGGGGAAAUUCAAAAGAAGAAUGUGGAAGUAUAUGUACACCAAAAGGUUAUCUUCAAUCAAAUCCAUGCCAAUUGACAUACAAUGCUUCUCGACUUGGUUAUCAUGCUGUUGCACUAGUAAUCGAAGAUUUCGAUUCAAAUGAUAAUGUUCUUUCUUCUAUUCCACUUCAAUUUCUUAUUCAUAUUGUUAAUAUCACAACUGAUAAUUGUAGUUGUACUGAUCCACCUAUUUAUAUUGGUGAGUGGCCAGAAGAUUCAUGUAUUGGUGUUCAAUCAAAUACAACCAUCAAUGCACGAAUACAAAUACGCAUUCCAUGUGAGAAUACAUGCACGACUUUACAAGAUAUUUUGACUGUAUCACCAGCUGGUCUCAUUAAAGGAGAAAUAACUAGUGAUCCAACUAAUAAAAAUAUAUAUACAAUGCCAAUUGAAUGGACACCUGAACCAGAUCAAUAUGGUAUACAUCAAUUAUGUGUAACACCUGUUGAUUCUCAACAACAAACAGGUUCUCAAGUAUGUUUAACAUUUCAAGUUGAUGUUCAUCCACCGGAAUUUAUUCGUAUGACACCUACGGGUUUUAUAUUUGCAACUCAAUCAUCAUGGACACUUGAAACUGAUCGGGAUAUUAUAAGACCAAGACGAUCUAGUGGAGUUUAUAUUCGAUUUUUCAAACGUGUUAAUAAUGAAGAAGUUUAUCGUGUUGAUGUUGCUAGUGAUGUUACUGUUUUUUAUCAACCACGAACAAUAACAUUCUUUACAACACGAUAUACAUGGGAAGAAAAUGAAGAAUAUUAUGUUUUGUUAGAUGCUGGAGUCGCUACUCUUAAUGAAUCAUGUGGUGUUGAAUCGAAUCCUAUUAAUAAUCCUCAUGCUUGGACAUUUCAAGUAGCAGUAACUGAAACCACAAAUAUUGAAGAGAUUGAUAUUACUGAACAACUUGUUUCAGCAAUAACAACACAAGAAACGACUACAAAGAGACAACAAACUACUACUACUACUCCUCAACUUGAAUGUCCACGAUGGCUGCACUUUGAUACAAUUUCUAAUGAAAGUACAAAUGCUAAUGAGACACAUUUUACUUUUUGUUUUAGUGUUAAUACAACAUUAGCUGAUGUAACAAUAUCAGCUAAUACAUGGGUAUCUUGUAGAAUGUGGAAAUUAUCAGGUGCUGCUGAUCCUUUACUUGAACUCUAUUCAGAAGAAAAUGGCAAGCUUUUAGCACAAAAUGAUGAUGGAAAUAGUUUUGCAUUACAGAAUUGUUAUGCAGCUGUAUUAAGUUAUCGUUUGCAAAGAGGAGAUUAUCGUGUAAUUAUUCGAAAUCCUAAAUGUGCAUAUGGAAAAUUUGAACUACGAUUAUCAGCUGAAAUCGAUCGAAAUCUUAAAUAA